UUUCCCCGCCACCCAAUAAACAACCAAAGAACCAAAUACGAGUUUUAUUUAAGGUUUCAGUUGAAACAUCACCAAAGGCUCUUACCAAAGGCCAGAAAAUGGCGUUAAGGCUUACACCAUCUCCAGUGUCCACUUGCACUCGUGGAAAACCCAGACUCACUACACUUUUCAACUCAAGAUCCAAAUUUUCCUUUCAAUUUCGUCCAAAAUCCUUCAGAAUCUUGGAGUUGGAAUCUAGAAAGAUGAGUUUAAAGGUGAAUGCUUGCCAGAAAUUGGAUGAGAAGAUCGUAUCAGAAAAGGGUAGUCAGUGGGGAAAAGUGUCGGCGGUGUUGUUUGAUAUGGAUGGAGUGCUUUGCAAUAGUGAAGAACCUUCAAGAAGAGCGGCUGUGGAUGUUUUUGCUGAAAUGGGUGUUCAAGUUACUGUUGAUGACUUUGUGCCGUUCAUGGGCAUGGGUGAAGCAUACUUCUUAGGUGGUGUUGCUUCUGCUAAGGGUGUUGAAGGAUUUGAUCCCAAUGCUGCAAAGAAGAGGUUUUUUGAGAUAUAUCUAUCAAAGUAUGCAAAACCGAAUUCUGGCAUAGGUUUCCCUGGUGCUUAUGAACUUGUCUCUCAGUGUAAAAGCAAUGGUCUCAAAGUUGCUGUUGCAUCUAGUGCUGAUAGGAUUAAAGUUGAUGCAAACUUGGCUGCGGCAGGUUUACCAAUAACGAUGUUUGAUGCAAUUGUAUCUGCUGAUGCUUUUGAAAAUUUGAAGCCUGCUCCUGAUAUUUUCUUGGCUGCAUCACGGAUUCUUGAUGUUCCCACUAGUGAGUGUAUUGUGAUUGAAGAUGCAUUAGCUGGAGUACAAGCUGCCAAAGCUGCGAAAAUGAGAUGUAUCGCUGUGACGACAACUCUGUCAGAAGAUACUCUUAAAGCAGCGGAGCCAACACUCAUCAGAAAGGAGAUAAGCAAUAUAUCAAUUGAAGAUAUCCUCAAUGGUGGUGGCUCUGGUAGCCAUAAUGUGAUGGUGCAGGAAUCCCAAUCCAUUAUUGAUCUAGCUGUCUCUUCCCCUGAAUCCAAUAGGACAGAGAGUAUUGCAGAUAAUUAUCCAACCAGUGGUGCUGUAUCUUCAGUUGGAGGGGUGCAGGUUACGAGACGCGAUGUUGUUAGAUAUGGAAGUUUAGGAAUUGCUGCAUCCUGUCUGCUCUUCACCAUUACAAACUGGAAGGCAAUGCAGUAUGCAUCUCCAAAAGCUAUCUGGAACUUGUUAUUUGGCACAGGCAGUCCUCCUUUUGAACAGAAAGAAGAUGCAUCCCGUUCGCAGAGGAUUCAACAAUUUGUAGACUAUAUUUCUGAUGUGGACGCCAGGAAAUCUACGGCUAUUGUGCCUGAGUUUCCAUCGAAACUUGAUUGGCUGAAUACAGCCUCCCUUCAGCUACGCAGGGAUUUGAAAGGAAAAGUGGUUCUUUUGGACUUCUGGACUUACUGCUGCAUUAACUGUAUGCAUGUACUGCCAGAUCUGGAGUUUCUGGAAAGAAAAUAUAAAGAUAUGCCUUUUGUGGUUGUGGGGGUGCAUUCGGCAAAGUUUGAUAACGAGAAGGACCUUGAAGCCAUCCGCAGUGCUGUAUUGCGCUAUGGAAUUACUCAUCCAGUUGUUAAUGAUGGAGAAAUGAAUUUAUGGCGGGAAUUAGGUGUAAAUUCAUGGCCGACGUUUGCUCUUGUCGGGCCAAAUGGCAAACUCUUGGCACAAAUAGCUGGUGAAGGUCAUAGAAAGGAUCUUGAUUAUUUAGUCGAGGCUGCUCUUCUGUUCUAUGGUAGGAAGAAGCUCUUGGAUAGCACACCCAUUCCCUUGCGCUUGGAGAAAGAUAAUGAUCCCCGCUUAUUAACAUCUCCUUUAAAGUUCCCUGGUAAGCUGGCAGUUGAUAUCCUCAACAACCGGCUAUUUAUUUCAGACAGCAAUCAUAACCGAAUAGUAAUAACUGAUCUAGAAGGAAAUUUUCUAGUCCAAGUUGGAAGCACAGGAGCAGAGGGUCUUCGUGACGGUAACUUUGAUGAUGCCACAUUCAAUCGGCCGCAGGGUCUGGCUUAUAAUGCGAAGAAAAACCUCUUAUAUGUGGCAGAUACUGAAAACCAUGCUUUAAGGGUCAUUGACUUUGUGAAUGAGACAGUGCGGACCCUUGCUGGAAAUGGAACAAAAGGUUCUGAUUAUGAAGGAGGAGGAACUGGAACUGCACAGCUUCUCAACUCUCCCUGGGAUGUCUGUUUUGAACCUGAGAACGGAAUUAUUUACAUUGCAAUGGCCGGUCAGCAUCAGAUCUGGGUGCACGAGACAUCAGAUGGAGUUACAAGAGCUUUCAGUGGGAAUGGUUUUGAGAGAAAUCAGAAUGGUUCAAGCUCAACAAACACAUCAUUUGCACAACCUUCUGGGAUUUCAUUAUCACGUGAUCUAAAGGAGGCAUAUAUUGCUGAUAGUGAGAGUAGCUCCAUUCGGGCAGUUGAUCUAAGAACUGGAGGUUCAAGAUUACUGGCUGGUGGUGAUUCAAUAAUGGCGGAAAAUUUGUUUAGGUUCGGAGACCAUGACGGAAUAGGCUCUGAAGUUCUUCUUCAACAUCCAUUAGGUGUUUUAUGUGGAAAGUCUGGCCUAAUUUAUAUUGCAGAUUCUUAUAAUCACAAGAUUAAGAAACUAGAUCCAGUUAGUAGAAGGGUGACUACAUUAGCUGGUGUUGGUCAAGCUGGUUUCAAAGAUGGAGCGGCAGUGGCAGCUCAGUUCUCAGAGCCAUCUGGAAUCGUUGAAGCAGAAAAUGGAAGAUUGUACAUAGCUGAUACGAAUAACAGUGUGAUAAGAUACUUAGACCUGAACAAGUCAGAAGUUGAAGUUCUUACUCUGGAGUUAAAAGGAGUGCAGCCACCACUUAAAUCCAGAUCUUUGAAGCGCCUUAGACGGCGUUCUGGAGCUGACUCACAGACUAUUGUGGUUAAUGGUGGUUCAUCCAACGAGGGUACAUUAAACUUAAGAAUCUCGGUACCUGAAGGGUAUCAUUUCUCAAAGGAAGCACAGAGUAAAUUUAGCGUAUAUUUUGAUCCAGAUGCUGCUGCUGUUGUUGAUUCCUUGGAGGGAAAUCUCAGCCAAGAAGGUUCAGCAGUAGUGCACUUCAGAAGAUCUUCUGCUUCAACAUCCACCGGCAGAGUUUAUUGCAAGGUAUACUACUGCAAAGAAGAUGAGGUUUGCUUGUACCAGUCUUUGACCUUUGAAGUACCAUUUCAAGAGGUAAAUCCAGAUUCUGCCCCUGCCAUGAUCACUCUUCCCUUUGAUGUGAAGCCAAAAACAUCCCCAAGUAGCUUACAGAUACCGGAGAAGUGAUUCAUUGAUCACAAACUUGUUUAUAGUUACACAGGUAUCAAUAUUAAAAUGUUUAGUUCGGUGUUUGCACUCUGUGAUUACACUGAACUAAACAUUUUAACCGUUAAGAGUUACUACAAAAUAUACGUAUUAUAGCUAUGAUUAAUUGAUAAAUGGAUGUAUAAGAGUCACACGUCACUUAUUUACUGGUUUUGGUUCAAACACCAGAUGCAAAUAAGAAUUUGGGAGUCAAUUUUUUGUGC